CGGCGCCUGCGCUUCCCGCCUUUCCGGUCAGUUGCCGGUGACACCGGGGAGAGGAGGGAACGCUACGGCGGCCGGAUGGCUUCAUUUCAGAGAUCUAACAGUCAUGACAAAGUUCGGAAAAUUGUGGCAGAGGAAGGACGUACUGCCAGAAACCUGAUUGCAUGGAGUGUCCCCCUGGAAAGCAAAGAAGGUGAAGGAAAAUCCAAGUGGCCAUGUGGAAAACCUAAGAGAGGAACCCAUGGAACCCACAAACCUUCCAAACAGAACAACUCUCUUCAUUGCAAACUGAGUGCUGGUUCCACAGCAGACAAAAUCCAUGACAAAAGCCCAACCAAAACAAGGCUCCCUCGGAAGGUUGACCUGCGGGCACGAUACUGGGCAUUCCUCUUUGACAAUCUCAGGAGAGCUGUGGAUGAAAUAUAUGUGACAUGUGAAUCAGACCAAAGUGUUGUUGAAUGCAAGGAGGUGCUAAUGAUGCUGGAUAACUAUGUGAGAGAUUUCAAGGCUCUCAUUGACUGGAUUCAACUUCAAGAAAAGCUGGAGAAGACAGACGCUCAGAGCAGGCCUACCUCUUUAGCAUGGGAAGUGAAGAAAAUGUCUCCUGGACGACACGUUUUGCCCAGCCCAUCCUCUGAUAGAGUGAGCUCAACUUCUAGUGCAAGGAGGGCUCUGAAUUUUGGGGGACCUCCUAUCAGUAUAACACCCGGGCGUCUGACUCCAUCGGGUGUCAGUUGGGCUGAUAAGGUCAAAGCCAGCCACGGAAAUUCUACAAAUAAUCAACCUACUGAGAUUGUGCAUCCAUGUUCAGCAGUUCCUAUGCAGAGAGCCCUUCAUGAAAAUGAUCGGAUUGAUGGGGAAGGCUGGGAAACAGUACAACGAGGAAGGCCCAUCCGCUCCAGAUCUUCAGCUAUGACAAACAAGCCUGCUUCUAAUCCAGAUGCAAGACUUCCACAGAAGGAUGACAGCGACAAGGAGAACAUCUGUUUUAAGCCUCCAGAGGAUACCAAGAAAGAGACAUCAAAGCCAGAACACCCUCCUGUACUUGUGGAACCCCCACCUAAGGAGUUACUAUGCCCAUGUGAAAUUCCUCUGACAGAAAUCACACAGUUCACUGUUCACAAAGCCUUAGAAGAAAUAAAGACAAUAGGAUCCUUUGCUUCCCAGUCAGCCCCAAAACUACCCUGUCUGGACAUUCCAGUUGAGUUUUUGGACCCCCUUUCUAGGAUGAGAAAUUCUGAUGUCACCUGCCUUGCUGGCCCAUCAGAGGGAGGGAAAAGUGGUACUGAAAUGGAUCUUUCAAACGUGAGUGCUGGAAAAUUGUCCAUGGCAGAGGUACUUGCCAAAAAAGAAGAGCUUGCAGACCGCCUGGAGAAAGCUAAUGAAGAGGCCAUAGCAAGUGCUAUAGCAGAGGAAGAACAGUUAACCAGAGAGAUUGAAGCAGAGGAGAAUGACAUUGAAAUAGACAAUGAAAGUGAUUUCUCUGCCAGUGUGGGCAGCGGUAUGUCAUUCUGCGGGAUGUCUAUGGACUGGAAUGAGGUUUUAGCAGAUUAUGAAGCUCGAGAGUCGUGGAGACAGAACACAUCCUGGGGAGAUAUGGUGGAAGAGGAACCUUCAAGACCACCGGGGCAUGGAAUCCACAUGCAUGAAAAGCUGUCUUCACCUUCCAGGAAAAGAACAAUCGCAGAGUCCAAAAAAAAGCACGAAGAGAAGCAGCUAAAAGCACAGCAACUGAGGGAGAAGCUAAGGGAAGAGAAGGCACUGAAGCUUCAGAAAUUACUGGAAAGGGAGAAGGAAGUGAGAAAGUGGAAAGAGGAAUUACUCGAACAGAGGCGCAAAAUGAUGGAUGAGAAGCUGCUCCAUGCAGAAUUUCAGAGGGAGGUUCAGUUACAAGCCAUUGUGAAGAAGGCACAAGAAGAGGAAGCUAAGGUAAAUGAGAUUGCAUUCAUCAACACCUUAGAAGCUCAAAACAAGCGCCAUGAUGUAUUGGCCAAGCUGAAGGAGUAUGAGCAAAGGCUCAAUGAGUUGCAGGAGGAAAGACAGCGACGACAAGAGGAGAAACAAGCACGGGAUGAAGCUGUUCAGGAACGCAAAAGAGUGCUGGAAGCAGAACGCCAGGCCCGCGUUGAGGAGUUGCUGAUGAAGAGAAAGGAGCAGGAAGCCCGUAUAGAAAUGCAGAGACAAGAAAAAGAGCGUGCAAGGGAGGAUGCAGCUCGGGAGAGAGCUAGGGACAGAGAAGAAAGGUUGGCUGCCCUGACAGCAGCACAGCAAGAGGCAGUGGAGGAGCUACAAAAGAAAAUCCAGCUCAAGCAUGAUGAGAGUGUACGAAGACACCUGGAACAGAUUGAACAGCGGAAAGAGAAGGCAGCGGAGCUGAGCAGCGGCAGACAUGCAAACACAGACUAUGCUCCUAAACUCACCCCAUAUGAGCGAAAAAAGCAGUGCACUCUCUGUAGUGUAAUGAUUUCCUCUGAGGUUUACCUGUUCAGCCAUAUCAAAGGAAAGAAACACCAGCUAACAGUACGCGAGAACAGCAGCAUCCAGGGCCGGGAACUGUCAGAUGAAGAAGUGGAGCAUCUGUCUUUGAAGAAAUAUAUUGUGGACAUUAUAGUUGAAACUGCAGCUCCUGUUGAACCUGUGAAGGAGGUAGAGGAGAAGCAAAAAAAUAAAAAGAAAGCUAAAAAGUUGAAGACUCGCAUGAAUUCCAGAGCUAAAGAAUAUGAGAGUGCCCUGGAAGCGAAAACCCCUGUGUCUGACUCUCCGUACAAAGCUAAAUUGCAAAGACUUACCAAAGACCUCCAGAAACAACUGCAAACUCAGGACACUGGGAUUUGGGCCACCAAUAAAGUGUCUGCUCUAGACAGAGCUUUGGGAGAAGUUUCUCGGAUCUUAGAAAAGCAGAAUACUCCUGAUCAGAUUUCUUUCCGGGCCGGUGGCGGGCUGAUGGUGGUAGAACAGAUUUUGCAAAUUGCGACACCUGUGUGUAACCCCAGCACAUCUUCCCGCAUCCCUUUCAAGUCUCUGUGCAAUGCUGUAAAUCUCUAUAUAUUAACAUGCAGUAAUUGUCUAGAGAAUUGCACCUAUGUCCUCAUGAGCAGCAAGAUCACAUUCCUUCUGGACCUUCUCAUACAGCAGCUGACGUUGACUGGUAAAGCAGGGGGGGGUCUUCGGGGAAAACACGCAACUAGAGACUUGAUGGGACCUGUGGUCCACUCUGGAACGUCGAUUCGCCAGAAGACCCCAAGAACAUGGACUUCUCUGUUUGAGCAUUGCCAAGAAUGGACUAUUUCCAAAGAGGCUUCACCUUUGCAGUUAUUUGUCCCAGAUGAUGACAAGACCAGCCAAGGGAGAAGCGUUAACAAGCAGACCUUUGAUAGUUUAACCACAGGACUCCUCCAGCUCUUCUGUAAAAUAUUCUCAUGUCUAACAGCCAGUUCUCCAGCUGGAUGUGGACAGAAUGAAGUCAUCAAAACAAAGCUUGAAGCCAAAGCUAAGAUGUCUCCAACUGAUGCUUUCAAUGGACGUGUCCAGGACAUCAUCAGCUACACCAUUAAUAUUGGUCUGAUUGACAAGCUCUCCAGCUGCUUUCUUUCUGUACAAGGUCCUCUUGAUGAAAAUCCCAAAAUAUCGUUGUUCUUGCAGGCGGCCACUACUCUGCUACAUGAACUGUGCAGGCUAUGUAUUUCUGUGUCUGGCAAUUCUUGGGACAUAUUCGAAAGUUCUCAGGAUCCUUCAGGACUGUCCGCUGCACUACAAAAUUCAGAUCUUGUUGGCGUCUUACAUAUGUUAUAUUGUGCUUUAUUUCAUAAUUCCUCCUCUGAGCCAAGUGUUUCUAAUUCCAAAGAAACAUACGAGCAACACACCAUCCAAGUGGCAAUGCACAGCCUGCGGUUUCUUAACAGCUUUGCUACACUUCAUCUCCAGUCCUUUCAGUCUGUUGUAGGAGCAGAGGGUCUUUCUCUUGCCUUCCGGCAUGUCAUCAGUUACCUGAUUUGGUUCUGCACUCAGUACACAUGUGAGGAACUUCUUCAUGAAAUUAUUGUGUGUGUUGGAUACUUCACAGUGAAUAAUCUGGACAAUCAGGUCAUUGUCCAGUCUGGCCGUCACCCCACUGUUCUUCAGAAACUUUGCCAGCUCCCCUUCCAGUAUUUUAGUGACUCCCGGCUGGUCCGGCUGCUAUUUCCUUCACUGAUUGCCGCCUGCUACAACAAUCUGCAGAAUCGACUGAUUUUGGAACAGGAGUUGAGCUGUCAGCUGCUUGCCACUUUUAUUCAGGACUGUUUGCAAGGAUCAAGUCAUCCCGUCAGUAGAACGUCUUCACACAAAGAUUUCCAGCAGUACCUUGAAUUCUCUUGCCGUUUCCCACGUCAUUGCUGGGAACCCUCUCGUCAGUUUUUCCUGAAAAAAGAUUAAGCUGCGAUAAUAAUUUUAUAAUGUUUUAAUAUGGGGGGGUUGGUUAUAGAUCCAUAACUCCUCCUACCACAUGUACAGAAUUGACACAUUAUGUAAUAUAAUUUAAUAUGCUGUGUGUGUAAAAAUGUUCCAUAUUGUUAAUGUGCACUAUUUAUAUGUUCCGCAUGUAGAUAUAUUGUGCUGUGAGAUUUUGCUUGCAUGCUAAGAUAAACUUGGUUAAUCGUUUUUAUAUUUUCCCGCUUACUACAAAAAUAAUCUCGCCUUGCGCAUUGUUUACCAGUGAGCUGCAGAUUACUACUUGGCAGUGAUCGGGAACUGUAUUAAACUGAAAUUUCCAAUUCUAUAUAUCUUGAAAUAAAAUAACUUAUUUUCUU